GGCAGCUUAUGAUAAUUGCAAAAACACCCAUGGUUGAUCAGUUUCAGCAUAAGAAAGCAAACUAGAAAGGCAAGGCUGCGUGCUAACUGAUUCUGUUUCAUCAUUAUGUCGUAGGUAUACACUUUAUAUACAAUUUAAUGCUGGUGCUCAUGCACUUAAAAGUGGUAUAAAAGUUGGAGAAUGGCUUUGGGGUACAGUGAAGAAGGUUUUUUUUUUUCGGGUAUCUUUUUUUAUACGUCUAGUAGUGCAGCAAGUGACGCAGGUGCGCCACGAAAGUUAGCGGAUUGAAGAGCAGCUCCAUUCAUACUAGGGCCUCGGCAGCAGCAAGAGAUGAAGGGUAAUAUUUUGGCGAUGGAGAUUAAAGCAGGGUUUUUUGUCAUCUGUGCGAGACAAGCUAUUCAUCCAUCCAGAUCACAGCGAAAAAAAGGCUGGUCCCAGAAAUUAGCAGUUUCAGCUCAGCAGCAAAGUCGCCAGGCUGUGAAGGCAGAGAGAAAUUGACUAAUUAGCAAUGCGCACUAAAACUUGACGGUUCCCUCCAUAAGAACGAGGGAGACUCGCUUUUUUUUUCUCUCUCUCUCCCUCUCUCUCUCUUUUCUUUCUUCCAAAGAUGUUUGAAAUCGCAGUCAUUUACGCUCGACAGUUUUUACAAUAGCCUUGAGCCAUAAUCUUGCGAGUCUCUCCAGCAUCCAUCCCCCUGCAUGGUCUCUCUCCACUGGCCAUGCACGACCGUUUCUCUCCCCAACCGUGGAUUUCCUAUUACUCUCGUUACGACUCACUGAGCCCCAGGCCCAAGGAUAAUGAUGUGUUGUUUCUUGGUAGCAUAAUUUGUCACACGUACAUUUUUUCUUCUUCUUCUUCUCUUGCAGAAAGCUCUGCUCUCUCUCUCUCUCUCACACACACACACUUCUUGCUAAUUCAGGAGAGCAAAUGAUCAACGACAAAAAAUACAAUGUAAAAGAGUGACUGCAGGAGUUGGAUUCCAGGAUAAUUUUGGAGAAUCGACCAGAGUCCAAAAAGCAGAGGAUUCUUUCUUUAAAAAAAGAAAAGAUAAAAAAGAAAGAAAAGUGAAAAUCUUGAGGACGUGAAGCUUACUUUUUUGCCAAGCUGGUGUGCAGAGUUUACUGCCAGAUAGCCAUGUCCAGAUCUGGUGAUAGAACAUCCACCUUUGACCCGACUCACAGUGACACCCUGCUGCACGGUCUCAAUCUGCUCUGGAGGAAGCAGCUUUUCUGUGAUGUGACUCUCACUGCCCAGGGACAGCAAUUCCACUGCCACAAAGCAGUGCUGGCAUCCUGCUCUCAGUACUUCAGGUCUCUCUUUUCUAGUCACCCCAUCAGCAAAGAGGGCAAUGCCAAUAAAGACCAGGGGAGUGGUGGGACCCCAUCGUCCUCCCCAGAUGAGAAGCUCAUAGCCAGCCCCAGAUCCAUCAACAACCUGGUCCUGCAGGGCUGCUCUUCCAUUGGUCUCCGGCUGGUCUUGGAGUACCUGUACACGGCCAACGUGACUCUGUCCCUGGACACUGUGGAGGAGGUCCUGUCUGUCAGCAAGAUCCUUAAUAUCCCCCAGAUUACCAAGCUCUCCGUGCAGUUCCUCAACGACCAGAUCUCGGUACAGAACUACAAGCAGAUCUGCAAGAUAGCCGCCCUCCACGGGCUGGAUGAAACCAAAAAACUUGCCAACAAGUACCUGGUGGAGGACGUUCUCCUGAUGAACUUUGCGGAGAUGUGCUCCAUGCUGGACACCCUGCCUCCUCCGGUGGAGUCCGAGCUGGCCCUCUUCCAGAUGUCUGUCCUCUGGCUGGAGCAUGACCGGGAGACCCGCAUGCAGUACGCCCCCGACCUGAUGAAGAGGCUCCGCUUCGCCCUGAUCCCGGCUCCAGAGCUUGUGGAAAGGGUGCAGUCGGUGGACUUCAUGAGAUCAGACCCGGUCUGCCAGAAGCUGCUCCUGGAUGCUAUGAACUACCACUUGAUGCCUUUCAGGCAGCACUGCAGACAGAGCAUGGCCAGCAGAAUCCGCUCCAAUAAGAGGAUGCUGUUGCUCGUGGGUGGAUUGCCUCCUGGACCAGACAGGCUUCCGAGCAAUUUAGUCCAGUAUUAUGACGAUGAAAAGAAGACGUGGAAGAUACUUACAAUUAUGCCUUAUAACAGUGCUCACCACUGCGUUGUUGAUGUGGAUAACUUUUUAUUCUUACUGGGAGGAGAAGAUCAGUGGAACCCUAAUGGUAAACACAGCACCAAUUUCAACAGCCGCUAUGAUCCAAGGUUUAAUAGUUGGAUACAACUCCCAGCCAUGCAAGAAAGGCGAGCCAGCUUCUAUGCAUGUCGACUGGAUAAACACCUCUAUGUGAUUGGUGGGAGAAACGAAAGCGGGUACCUCUCCAGCGUUGAGUGCUACAACUUGGAAACCAAUGAGUGGCACUAUGUGUCUUCUCUACCCCAGCCUCUGGCAGCGCAUGCAGGGGCUGUACAUAAUGGAAAAAUAUACAUCUCAGGCGGUGUCCACAAUGGUGAAUAUGUGUCCUGGCUCUACUGCUAUGACCCAGCGAUGGACGUGUGGGCUAGGAAACAAGACAUGAACACAAAGCGAGCCAUUCAUGCUUUAGCUGGAAUGAAUGAUCGUCUGUAUGCUAUCGGCGGAAACCACUUGAAAGGCUUUUCCCACCUUGACGUCAUGCUGGUGGAGUGUUAUGACCCUAAAGGUGACCACUGGAAUAUUCUUCAGACCCCCAUUCUGGAGGGGCGCAGCGGGCCAGGCUGUGCAGUGCUUGAUGACAGCAUUUUUCUUGUCGGUGGUUACAGCUGGAGCAUGGGAGCGUACAAGUCCUCAACCAUCUGUUACAGCCCAGAGAAGGCAACGUGGACAGAGCUGGAGGGAGACGUGGCUGAACCUUUAGCAGGCCCAGCAUGUGCUACAGUUAUAUUGCCAGCUUGUGUGCCAUUCAGCAAGUAAUGUACAGUAAACUCUGUUGAACUGUGAGAAAAGGAAGAAAGAUGGUUCUGUUUUGUAAUGUAGUCAUGGGUAACAAGCCUAUUCAUGAAAAAUACAUAACAAUUCUGCUGUACUGUCACUUCAACAGCAGGGUAAAACAAUUAGUAAAUAAGAAGAAACAGAAAUGUAUGAAUGAUUUGUACUGGAUUGUGGUGUAGCGGGGGUUAUUACUUAAAGGUUUAGCAAGGUUAAUAGUUUUAAAUAAAAUUAAUCAAUGAAUUAAACUUGACCCCUUUUGGAACUUCCAGGAACAUCCAUAGGAUAUUGUUGUCAUAGGGUUUUGAAUUGUUUUAAAUGGGUUCUGCUGUUUAACAGUAAAUCCAGAAGUUUGGUAACUGCUUCACCAAUCUGAGCCACUAAUACCCCAGCAAUUAAAGCACUGCACUGUCUCCAGUUUAGGUGUGAACUUGUUAGGGCUGUAUUAGAAGGUUCGAAGGUUCAUUCGCUAGCCAGGAAUUCGAAGAUUGUUUUAAACCUUCGAAGGUUCGUCAGACGCCUUUCACGCACUGUGUUUGCUUUUUUUUCCUGUUAACAGAAAUCGUUUGACAAUAUGUGAAUACUAUAAAUCACACAUUAAAUGUCACUCACAUGCAAAAUUCGAUCUUUUUAUUUGUAUAAUGCAUAUUACUUAAACAAAAGUUGUUAUAUUUGUGCCACUGCCGUGUAUGGAGCAGGGUAUAUUAUUCAAAGCACUGGGGGGGGGUACUAUAGCGGUUAUUGUGCUUCAGUAAGAUAUGUACUGAAUACCUAGUGUACAAAAAUGUAAGAGAAGUGCUAUGGUAGAAUAUGUUUGAAACAUACAAAAUAUACGCCAAAACUAAUUAUUUUAAUUUUGAAAAAACUGAGCACCGUCCGUCCCUCCACCCUCCGGCCGUGUUAACCAGAGGCACAUUUCUUCAUUCACCAUCUCGACAGCAAAACGAUAGCGUAAGCUGUAUUGAAAGAAAUGUCUCGAAACCACUAAAUACUAAUUUCAUGCCAAUGACAGUAAUGAAAUCAACCCCACAGUUCCAUUUUUCUUGGAACGGUGACUGUUAAAUUAAAUUUGUUUUGCCUGAGUCCGCUGCAGUUCGUGCUGCUGCAAUGCAAGCUUACUCGCAAGCAGCAUCAGUUACGUGUAAAUAAACAACGUGUAUUUUUUUUUUAAUUUAAAUUAUAAAAACAUGAUUACUGUUCUACAUAAUGUAUUUUUAAACUACAUAUGAAUGUUUUAUUGCAUUUAUACGGCUUACCUGUAAAAUAAUAGGAUUUUCAAACAAAUAUAAACAAGUAGCUAUGGUGACGUCACCAGUAAAUUAUGCAAAUGAGUACCAUCAAAGGUUCAAACCUUCCUUCGGUAAAUGUGUCCCAAACCUUCGAAGGUCAAAAUGUACCCUUCGUUGCAGCCCUAGAACUUGUUAUACUAUGUUUAUCAUAAAAGAUAUAAAAAUAACUAGGCCUCUUAUAAAAAUGAUCAUUAGAAAUUAUUUCAUUGAGCCUUAUGGAAAAGGAACUAUAAUAUAUAUUCCUAUAUAAUGUGAAUGGAUUGCUCCUUGUUAUUUCUUUACCUAAUUUGAUGUCCUAGGUAAUAUGUAGUUCAUUGCAUGAAGUAUGAAGUGUUCCUGGGAUUAUAUUGCUGGAAAAUUGUACUGAAGCGUUGUGCAGAGGACACUAAUUCAUUGUUUUCCUUUCACUGACACAGUGUCCCAUGACAUUUGGAAAUCGGGUCCACCUUAAUCCAAUUGAAAUUUCUUAUUCCUUGCUUUUCAUUUCUGCACUUAAAACAAAAAAACAAAAAAAAACCUUCUGAAGCUUUCCCAUUGAGAGCUAGAAGCAUAUCAUUGGGGCUCUUAUGCAGCGAGUAACUCCAUAACAGUAAAUAGUGGUACUAUGUUUAUUGGUUCAUAACAUUGUGAUACGAUUGGUACUGUAUGUCACAAUAUGAAAAUGCUACCACUGUGUUGCCAUUCUACCACUGAAUCAUACAGUUGCAGCCGUCACUGUGCUACCAUUACCGGGUAACAACAGUGUGGGAGACGUGGUAAGACUUCAUUAUUAAAUUAAGGUGUCAGCAUGUGUCAACUGAAUGGGGAUACAGCUUCCUCAAGCUACCCUGUGGUUGUUACAGGGUGUAACAUUAUAAAUGAGUGUGUGCAACAGUGUGUUCAUUACAGGUUCAGAUUUAGCUGCUGCAUUAUGCAACUGAGAAACAUGUCUAAGUUCUGAUAAGGUGCUUCUAUACAGUACAUUGUUUCAGAGGGGUGGGUGCAAGGAGAUGAUUCAAAUUGAUAUAGACCUAGUCCUAGAGCUAUUAUUUAAAUCUUGAUUUGUGCAUUGUGCUUCGGCGUAAAGUCCUCACUGUUGCCCGUCACUAUCAGAAAUCUGUCGCUUACCUUCAAAGGGUAUUUUAAUGUCCUGUGCUUUUUAUUAACCUGACUUAAGAUGUACUGUAAACCUUUCUAUCUUUCAAGACAAAAAAAAGGCAUGAGCUGUUCAAAUGCUGAAGAGGGAAAUCAUUCUGAAUGUAAAUUUUGUACAGUAUUAGAAUGUGUAAAUGAAGCUUGCUUGUUGAGAAAGAACUUUAAAUAAAACUUUAUG